AUGGCCGAGAGUAGCGCGGACUCAGUCGCUCUGCCGUCGAGAGCCCCCGCGAUGGCCGAUGCGAAACCGCCACUGCGCCCCUCGCAGACAAUGCCCAGCUCGGCCAUAUCGGACGUCGCGUCGGGCUCGAGCAACAGCCAACAAGAUCUACACCGCAGCAUCCGCCGUGUGCCGACCAUUGGACCUAUUGGCAGUCCUCUGGUCAGAAACCCUACGCAGCCGCUGCAGGAGACCCGCACCGAGACCAGCGCCAUCGACCCGUUGUCCCAGCACAUCAUCCAGCGGACCAACACUCAAAAGUCAAUUCCUUUAAAGCUGUUGGGCCGCGCAUCGUAUGAGGCCGACGCUGGCGGAUCGGAAUACAGCUUGUCGGAACAAGACGCAGGCCGGGGCGAUGUGUCGCCAAACUCAAAACCCAAAGAGAAGAAAAAAGGCGUUUCGUUCCUCAGUCGCAUAAUCGGCACGAAGAAGAAAGAACAGCUGUCCGAGGCAGAAGAUGAGAGUUCAGGUCAGGAGCCCAGCCGCAUGUCCGUCGACACUUCCCAUCCAAUAGGAUUCAUCCCUCGACAUCCAGCACCAGCCAGGUAUCUCCGAGUUCGCGCCCACUACAAGAAGGACAAGCAGUUCGACCGUGUUUUCUUGGCCCAGGAACUCGCGGGCAUUCCCGCAAAGCCGCGCGCCGAGAGACGACUAUCAACGUCCAAGGCAGCUCAAAGUGACGAGGGGACCGGAAAGGCCAUUUGGGCGCUGGAAUUUUCCAAAGAUGGCAAGUAUCUAGCGGCGGCGGGCCAGGACAAGAAGGUUCGAAUAUGGGCAGUCAUCUCCACCCCGGAUGAGCGCGAAGAGGCCCUUCGAGAGGAUUUAGGGACGCCGGAGAGCGAGCAAGACCCGCCGCGGUUGAAGGCUCCCGUAUUUGGUCCUAAGCCGGUUCAGGUAUUUGAAGGACAUACGGGCAGCAUCCUGGAUUUGAGCUGGAGCAAAAACAACUUCAUCCUCUCAUCCUCCAUGGACAAGACGGUUCGAUUGUGGCAUGCAAGCCGGCCGGAAUGCUUGUGUUGCUUCCAACAUAGUGAUUUCGUCACCUCAAUACAGUUCCACCCUCGAGAUGACCGUUUCUUCCUUGCGGGCUCCCUUGAUACGAAGUUGCGCUUGUGGAGUAUUCCGGAUAAGAGCGUGGCGUUUGUCACGGCUGUGCCCGACAUGAUUACCGCCGUUGCUUUUACGCCGGAUGGACGUUAUUCGAUGGCUGGAUGUCUCAAUGGCAUGUUGAAUAUCUACGACACGGAAGGCCUGAAGGUCUCCGGACAGAUCCACGUCCGAUCUGCCCGUGGACGUAACUCUAAAGGCAACAAGAUCACCGGCAUCGAUACGAGAGUGGCCCCUUCCGACGAUCCCAACGGCGAUAUCAAGCUGCUGGUGACCAGCAAUGACUCUCGGAUCAGGCUUUACGAUUUCCGAGAUCGAGCCUUGGAGGCCAAGUUCCGCGGAAACGAAAAUAGCUGCAGCCAGAUCCGAGCGACGUUUACCGAAGAUGGCAAGCAUGUCAUCUGUGGAAGUGAGGAUCGUCGUGCAUAUGUCUGGCCGAUUGGUUCUAUAGAACGGGAUGCCGACAAGCGGGCAGUGGAAGUCUUUGAAACGCAGUCGGCUAUUGUGACGGUGGCCGUCACCGCGCCAACUUCCACCAAGCAGGUUCUAGCGCUGUCCGAAGAUCCUAUUUUUGACAUCUGCAAUCCUCCACCCGUUGCGCUCAUGAGCCCGGAAGAGUCGCCUGACACACCGAGGCAGGACAGUGGGAAAGAGAUUGGCGGCAGCCAACAUAAACGGUCUGCAUCAGCACCACGGUUGUCGAUCGUCAGUAAGAUGGCACACGAGUCUCCAUCGUAUCUCUCCCGCUCGAAGCACCCCGAUGGAAACAUCAUUGUCAUUGCCGACUAUUCCGGCAAAAUCAAGGUGCUUCGACAGGACUGUGCCUAUCACAAGCGACGAUAUGAGAACUGGGAUGCCAACUCAACGAUCUCCAGGCGGAUCUUACGACGCUCGAACUCGGCCCGCCACAGCAUUGCCUCAUCGACCGGGAAGGACUCGUCACAUAAAACACCAUCCGAGCGGAUUAUCUCCUGGCGCAACUCCGUUGUCCGCCACGGCCGAACCAGUACCGAAGGUUCACGCUCAGGACUCCGCACCCGCAGUCCAUCUCCACAGCCUCGAUCCGCCACGUUUCGGCUCACCUCAUCAAGGCCCUCAAGUAUGGGUCCCAAUGAAUCUCACUCGGGGAUUCCAUCCCCACCACCCUCCCCUCGCCGUUCUCGUGCCGAGCGCAGACAUGUGAAUGGGGAUCAUCCUGGCAAGAAUGGCCACGGUCCGGUCGUUGGUGCCGACCCCCGAGCACUGCCAUCUUCUUCAGCCGAGCUUAUCAACAGCGGCAAGGGCAAGGACAACCCACUUUGGCUCCAAGGCGACCACAGCUAUGCCUAUUGGAACAAAAUUACACACGAUGCGCUCGCCAUACGAUCUCGCAAUUCCAGGGACCUGUUGAGUCCCAACCGUAUAGUAUCCUCCGAACGCAAAUUGAGCACUGCUGGUAGCGUGCUGAGCAGUGAUUUUGGUUCGUCGGCCGGUGAUGCAGACGAGGAUAUCCUCAAAUGCGACCACUGCCGCGGCACGAACUUUCGCGGAGUCAAGGGCCGGGAUGGGAAGCAGAAGUUAAUCUGCGUUCAGUGCAACCGGCCUGUUUCUUGA